AUUAUUUUUGCAAAUACAUUAUGUAAGACCAUGUUUACUUUGCUGUACGCGUAUCAUAUUGUUUUGCGCAAUGAAGUGUGUUUUGAAUAAAGAUGAAGACAAAACGUUCUGUCCUGGCGAGGGCGCUAUUGCUAUCCAAUGUUUGUUUUCCCACGCAGUAAAGGCAAAAAGAGGAUGGCUUCACGCUAAAUCACUUAAACAAAACAAAAAAAAAACAAAAAACGAGAACCCACGACCACGGCACACACCUGGACGGACAACAGUCAUUUAAGAAAUCAAACUGAGUUGCUGGAUUACUUAAACGACAUCUUUGUCUUCAACCUCGAGAUCCAAACAUGGAGCUGCUGACUAGCCAUCUGUGCUAACAGUAGCACAACAACUGAACAGUCUGUAAGGAUUCGCCUAUUUGUCUGAUAGAGUAUAAUAUUGUGACUUGACAGGGGACAGCGUGUGUCCCAGUUGUCCUUAGGAGGGGGGCAACUAUAAUGUUGUCGUCAGUGUUUCGAUGCUAGCACUUGAUAUUUUGGGUCAAAACUGGACCUGACACAGUUUUCACAGUCAACCUGUUUACAUGGGAGUCAUUUGAAUUUGAAUGGAGUGGCGUGGCACAGUUCAUUUCACAGUUUAAUCACGGAACUGUGGUCUCGCUGCCGGCUUCAAGGACGAAGUUGAGAAACAAAAUGCUGCUCGGGAGUCUCUGGAAAUCUCGAUAUAAAACUACUUUUGGAACUGCUGCUGGAUUCCUGCUGUUUUUGUGUGUGGCCCUGUUGGCUAGCGGUAGCGGUGCUCUGGGCGAAACCAAAAACGUGAUCCAGAAAGACGGAGAGUUUGAUGUUACCUACAACGACACAGUUACGAGUGAAAAUCAGACCAUCUAUGCUUUCAAUCACACCGUCUCCAGAACCAAGACCGAAGGCGUACGUGUAUCCGUCGAUGUCCUGUCGCAGAACCACAAAAGUCCCAUCCUGUUUGUGGUGCGACAGAAGCAAGCUGUGCUCUCCUUUCAGGUCCCCCUCAUCCUCAGAGGCCUAUACCAGAGAAAGUACCCGUACAAUCAUUUAGGCCGCACAUUAUGCCAGCCUCCGACACGGGCUGCAUCAGAGACCCAGUACUUCUUUGUGGAUGUGUCAACACUUUCCAGCCAGGGUACUAACUACCAGCUUAGAGUCAGCCGAGUUGAAAGCUUUACAUUGCAGACAGACACAACAUUCAGCUUCACUGCAUCGCCGUCUCAACCUCAGUACUUCAAGUAUGUAUUUCCUGAAGGGGUGGACACUGUGAUUGUGAAGGUCAGCUCAGACAUGAAUUUUCCCUGCUCUGUUAUGUCCAUCCAGGACAUCCAGUGCCCUGUUUAUGACCUCGACAACAACGUAGCCUUCAUUGGGAUGUAUCAGACUAUGACCAAAAAAGGUGCCAUCACAGUGCAGAGAAAAGAUUUCCCUAGCAACAGUUUUUAUGUGGUGGUAGUGGUAAAAACAGAAGACGAGGCCUGUGGUGGACCAUUGCGCUUCUACCCAUUACGCCCAGAUGAGCUGAUCGAUGCCGGUAACCGCAGCAAAACCCUCAAUGUUGUGGUCUCCCCGGCUAUAAAAUCGGAGGUAUAUGUGAUGGGCAUGCUGUUUUGUCUGGGUAUUUUCCUAUCUUUCUACCUGCUCACUCUACUGGUGGCCUGUCUGGAGAAGAAACGAGCCAAGAGGAGGGAAACUUUCCAGAAUAUUGUUGACACAUCACCUGCUGAGACAGCUUCUCUGCUUGGGAAAAACACAGAUGGCAAGAUUGCAGCUUCACCUAAUGAAUAUGGCUCCCUUGACAGCACCGUCAGUUCAGAAGCAAUCACUGAAAGUGCUCCCUCAAUAGACAGUGCCACUUCAGCUGACAACUACAUGGAGCGGUCUGGUUGGAAAAAUAUCGGAAGAACAAGACAGGAGUCAUUGAGCUCCAUAGAGGAGGAUGACUAUGACACACUGGAUGACAUCGACUCAGACAAAAACAUUGUUCGCACGAAGAAGUACCUUUGUGUGUCUGACCUGUCGCGCAAAGACAAGAGGGUGCUGAGCAAGAAAUAUCAAAUCUACUUCUGGAACAUCGCUACCAUUGCUGUGUUCUAUGCUUUACCAGUUGUCCAGCUGGUCAUUACAUAUCAAACGGUUGUCAAUGUCACCGGGAAUCAGGAUAUCUGCUACUACAACUUUAUGUGUGCCCACCCUCUGGGGGCACUAAGUGCUUUCAACAAUAUCCUCAGCAAUCUGGGCUACGUGAUGCUGGGCCUCCUCUUCCUCCUCAUCGUUCUGAAGAGAGACAUCGUCCAUAAUCGAGCCCUAGCCUGUAGUGAAGUCAAUGCGCUGGAAUGUGGCAUUCCAAAGCACUUCGGUCUCUUCUAUGCUAUGGGCACUGCUUUAAUGAUGGAGGGCCUACUCAGCGCCUGCUACCAUGUUUGCCCCAACUACACCAACUUCCAGUUUGACACAUCCUUCAUGUAUAUGAUUGCUGGUCUGUGUAUGCUGAAGCUGUACCAGAAACGACACCCUGACAUCAAUGCCAGUGCUUACACCGCUUAUGCCUGCCUGGCAGCAGUCAUCUUCUUCUCAGUGCUUGGAGUGGUGUUCGGGAGAGGAAACACUGGGUUUUGGAUCGUUUUCUCAGUCAUCCACAUAUUGGCCACACUUCUCCUCAGCACGCAGCUAUACUACAUGGGCAGGUGGAGGCUUGACUCGGGCAUUCUGCGCAGGAUGGUUUAUGUGGUCUACACAGAUUGCAUCAGACAGUGCACCGGCCCCAUGUACAUUGAUCGCAUGGUUCUGCUUGUGAUGGGGAACAUAGUAAACUGGUCCCUGGCUGCCUACGGUCUGAUUGAGAGACCUAACGACUUUGCAUCCUACCUGUUGGCAAUCGCCAUUUGUAACCUUCUCCUGUACUUUGCCUUCUACAUCAUUAUGAAGCUACGCAGCGGAGAAAGAAUCCAGUGUCUGGCACUGGUGGCUAUUGUCUUCACAGCUGUGGUGUGGGCCUUUGCGCUUUAUUUCUUCUUCCAGGGUCUCAGCACAUGGCAGAAAACACCGGCAGAAUCACGCGAGCACAACAGAGACUGCAUCCUCCUUUCCUUCUUUGAUGACCACGACAUUUGGCACUUUCUCUCUUCUAUUGCCAUGUUUGGAUCCUUCCUGGUUUUGCUCACAAUGGAUGAUGACCUCGACACUGUCCAGAGGGACAAGAUCUACGUUUUCUAGAUCGAACCGACUUGUGAAACUUUCCUCAUUUGCCUUACUGUCCUAUUCUGGUGCGUCCAUGUCAAAAAAACUGAACCAGUAGCCUUCCUGGCCGUCAAUUGUGCACGGCCUUUUCAGCUGCUCAGGGCAGGGUAAUGUCACCCCCUCCCUCCAAUCAGCAGUUAACUGAUGAACAUUUUUUCUCAUCUCGCUGCCAUGAAUAAUCUUACUGUUGUACUUAAUGUUUACCGUCCGCAUUUAAGAUCCUACUGCAGCUUGAAUCCAUUGAUUAUUUAUUGUUCACAAAGUAUUGAAACAGUUGACUGAAAAUGAAUGUUUAUACGCUCUGUGUAUUUGUCAAAGUGUUUUUAUAAAACAGCAAAGGCAUCAGUGUUGUGAUUUUGUGAGUCACAAAGCCAGCCAGUCAAUGCAAAUAUAUUGCCAUCAUGAAUGACAUGAUUGUAUCAGAUUUUUUGUUGUUGUUGUUGGCACAGACAAAAGGCAAUGUCACCUACAUGGCAAUCAGCAGUGAAUAAAAGUUCCUUGUUAGAAAUGCAGCCCAUUAUUUAUUUUGCACUACAAUAUAUGGUAGAAUAAACUCCCCAUAUCCAUAUUGUAAUGCCACACUUUUCUGAUGGGAAACAAUUGACCAAUUACCCCAGUUGGGAGUGAGGAACUUUUGGGACUGAGACAAUGUGCUUGUACUGUGCAAUUAAACUGGGAAAUGCUUGGAUUGGCUGUGUUUGAAAGCUCAGGUUAAACAGCACACCAACAUUAAAAGUAGGUGUUUUUAAGCUUUUGCUGGC